CAUCAGUUCAGCUCAGUCACACCAAUAGCAUUCCGCCGGGUUACAUCAGAGUAAAGCCCACACACAUACACGUUCCAGCCCAGUCUCUUAGAAAUAGAAGCACAUGCCUCGUGUUUAAAGAGCGUCUACCCAGACUGGAGCUUCACUCACACUCACUCACACACAAACACACACACUAUCCUCACUCUCCUGAAUAAUAUGGAGACGUAGUUUUUUUUUUUUUUUUUUUUUUUUAAAAGCCAAGAAGAGACGAAUCUGAUCUUUCGAGAUGCCAUUUGCGCUCAUGGAUAAGGCAGAUGAAGAAACAAGCUCCUUCUCUGGAAGUGACUCUCAGAGUCCACAGAACUGGGACGGAGAUCAUCCAAAUCAGAGGGUUUGUCAGCGGCGACAGAGGAACAGGGAUGCAGCUCGGAAGAGUCGCAAAAAACAGACCGAGAGGGCAGAUGUGCUCCAUGAGGAAUUGCAAACUCUGGAACGGUCCAAUGCUGCCUUAGUGAAAGAGAUUUCUGAACUGGAAAAAGAAAUGCAGCACUACACUACAGCUUUAAAAGAACAUGAGCCUCACUGUACACUAUCAUCUUGGUCUGGACCUUCCAUACCAAACACAUCUACCUCAGACUUUCCCCAACCAUUUAACCCAAACCCUGUUGAGGAGCUCAUUUUUCCAAUACACGAUUCAACAGCGGAGCCGAACGUCUCCCUUAUUGACAUCUUGGACAGGACUGUUGGACAGGACUGGUUGCCGUGGGAUUCAGACUUUAACUUUUCAGCAUUUUGAAAAGAGACGGUGCAUGAUAAAGCUGUAUAUACAGAGUCAGUCAAAAAAAAAUGAUACACUUCAGGAAAAGAAAAGUAUAGUGUGAUGUAUAGUAUAUUAAUAUAAUAUUAAAAAUAUUAUCAUAUAUAUCGAUAUAUAACAUAGCAAUAAAUUGAGUAUAAUUUUUUUGGCUGACUCUAUAUAUAUAUAUAUAUAU